GAGCAGUGCGGCAGGCAAGACCCAGCUUGCAAUGCAGCUAUCGUUAUGCGUGCAGCUUCCACGAAACUUGGGUGGCAUCUUGGGGUCUGCCUGUUUUAUUUUAACAUCCUGGACGCUUCCAACAAAUCGCUUGCUAGAGAUGGUGGACGCGCACCCGCUCUUCUCGCCCACUCUCUGCGGCCUCUCAGACGUUCACACUCUCAAAGCUCCCACGAUCCCCGUCCUGCGUCACGUUCUCUCCGUGACGCUGCCCAGCUUCCUGGCGGACGUGCGCGCCAAACCCGACGCCAAGCCGGUGAAGCUCGUCGUCAUCGACGCGCUCGCGGAGCUCCUGCACUCGGACGUGCAGGUCUCGACCGCGACGCUCACCGAACGCGCGCGCCACCUCGCCGAGGUUGCGACGCUGCUGCACGGACUCGCGAGCGCGCACCGCGUCGCCGUGCUCGUCGUGAACGAGGUCACGGACGUGAUCGACCGCGGGCCCGCGCCGGACGCGCGCGCGCACGAGGUCGCGUACCGCGAGCAGGCGCGGCUCUUUGGGCGCGCGGACACCGUGCCCGGCGAGGACGCGAAGGAGGCUGCGCUCGGGCUCGUGUGGGCGAACCAGGUCAACGCGCGGAUCAUGCUCAGCCGGACGCGGCGUAUGCGCUGCCUCGACGGGCACGAGGCCCACUUAGUCAAGCGGCUGAGACGCGAGGACGAUGCUGACGUUGGGGCCUCGCGUGUGGCUGUUGCUGGGCAGGAUGGGGAGCAGCCGAUCCGACUGAGGCGACUCACGGUUAUAUUCAACUCGGUCGCGCCGCCGGGCUCGGUUGACUACAUUAUCACGUCGGGUGGAAUCGUCGCAUUGCCAGACGAAGGUGGGGGUGUUACCACCUUGGAGCGAUCCUCCCCAGCACGUAAGGCUCCGCCUCCCGCUACCACCGUAUCCGUGUCUCCCCCAGCGGAUUUAUCAUCAGACCUUGCGGCAGCUUCUGAUAUCGCGUUAGACGAGCUCGCGCAUCCGGCGGACGAAGCGAACGUGACGUCCGAAGGUGCAGACACAGCGGAGAACGGGCCGCUGGCAGAGGAAGAAGAUGAGUGGGAUGCUUAUUGGAAGAGCGACGAGCUUGGGAACGAUUUCUACAGCCAGGUGGAUCUCGGUGCGCCUUCGUCGAGUCUUCUCGCAUCUAACCAGCGGGAAGCUACUUGACCUGGAUCCUAUUGGUCCGUAUAUGCGCUGUACUUUGCUGUUAUACUAUGCUGUCAUUGCUAGCUGACGUUUCGUCGAGAUCGUGUACUGAUUAUAUAUGCAUAUUAUCGCAGUCUUUUUGAUUUUUGUCGAGUGUAUGGGCGGUUGAAGCGGCGCAAAUCUAGACAUGCAUCGGGGACGAAUAAUGCCGGC